AUGAACGAGAUACGUAGAGUGGCAAAGGCCCAGUACUUGAGAGCAACAGAGGAAGAGAAAGGAGCGGCCAAGAAAUUCUUCCAGUCGCUCGACGGCGACUGCGACGGAAAAGUCAACCUUGCCGAGUACAAGAGCCUCGUACGCCGUGCCUACACGCACGAGUCGCUUUUCAACUGCCUCGACGAGAACGGCGACGGGAGCUUGGAUUUCGAGGAGGUCUUAGUGCUUCACUAUAUGCAGAAAUGCGGGAUGAGGAUAUGCGACGGAAGCUGCCGCGGUUGGCUACUAGGCCCCUACUUUUCGUGCACCAUCUGUGAAAAGAAUUACCCCAAGACGUACGAUCUGUGCUGCACUUGCUACAGCGGAGGCAAAUUCAAGCACGACCACUCUACGACGAGCUUUUUGGAUGACCGUUCCAUGCGGAUGCUGCUGGCUAAGACCAUGAGCACCGCUCAAUUAGGUCUACCUAAUGAUGAGGGAAAGAUUCAUUCAAAAGACUAA